ACUCUGUAUUCAGCUCUCAUCAUGUCGUUCACUGGGAAAUAUCAGCUGGAGAGUCAAGAGGGCUUCGUGGAGUUCAUGAAGGCCGUCGGUCUUCCUGACGACAUGAUUGAGAAAGGCAAAGACAUCAAGAGUGUGUCUGAGAUCGAGGAGAACGGAAACCAGUUUAAAGUGACCGUCACGACCGGAUCAAAAGUGCUGACCAACAGCUUCACCAUCGGGCAGGAGGCCGACAUUGAGACGCUGACCGGAGAGAGAGUCAAGACUAUUGUGAACAGAGAGGGAAAUAAGCUGAAGGUGGUGCUGAACAGAAUCACAUCCAUCACAGAGCUGGUGGACGCAAACACACUGGUCAACACUCUGACGCUCGGCGGCCUCGUCUACAAGCGCAUCAGCAAACGUGUGGCGUAAAAACAUGAGCUGAGCAAACACACGCAAGACUUUUUAUACAUUAAAGUGUUCUCAAUCUCA